GGAGGUAUUCUGAUUUUGUGGAGCCGUGGAAUACAGACAAACUUCCGUUUCCGGGAGACUGUUCACCGCAGCAUCAACAUCUUUGCAUAUUCUGUGCAAAAAAGCAUUAGAUCAACAUUUUUAAAAGCGAAGAACGAGGAUGUCGGGACAGAAACGUCCCCGAGAAGGAGAGGACGGGAGCCCGGGUGUCAGUGCUGCUGGGUCCACUGCGGUGGAGACUGUGAUUAAACUGGGAGGAGUGUCCAACUCGGAGGAGCAGGAUAUCAAAGCUCUUCAGGCAAAGAACCGAAAACUGGGAGAGUCUCUGGACCAGAGACAGGUUAUUGAGGAUGAAUUACGGGAGCGCAUUGAGAGAUUGGAGACCCGUCAGGCAACUGAUGAUGCAAGCCUUUUGAUACUGAAUCGAUAUUGGAAUCAGUUGGAUGAAAACAUUCGGCUGAUUACAAGGCGAUACGAUCAGUCAAACACAGAACCAGAGAAAUCCCCAGGAUCUGAAGGACGCACAAUAAAACCUGAAACUCCUGAACCUGAUGGAGACUCAAACCAGGAAAGGGCCAAAGACAGAGGUCAUCAGGGAGAGACGACAAACUCCUUCCUGGCAACACUUGCUAGUAGUAGCAGUGAAGAAAUGGAGGCAGAACUGCAGGAAAGACUGGAGUCAACUCAGAAGCUGGCAAACCGUGUUGUGGAGAUUUAUGAAGCGCUCAAGAACACCCUGGACCAAAUGCAAACUGAAAUGAACUCUGGGGCAGAGGGCAGUCUGUGGCAGGUUGCUUCCAAACUAAACUCACUCUUAACCAGUGAAAAUGAGCGUCUUCAACAGCUGACUGAAGAACUGAAGCAGAAACACAGUCAAAUGACCAGUGAGUCCCGGUCUUUGGGUCGUGCUGCUAACAAAGCAGACCAGCGUGUUGGUGAGUUGCAGACUUUAAUUGAGGAGCUUCAGUGGGACAUGGAAAAGAUUCGACGCAGAGAGAACAGGCUGAAUGCCCAUCUUAGUGAAAUACAGGAGAGGGUGAACAGCAAAGGUUAUAAGGUGUGUGGGGAGGCCAGCAGUGUCUGUGGAACCAUCACCAUCAAUAAGAGAAAGUUUGAAGAAAUGAACAGUGAGUUGGAGGAGAAUCGUGAACUGGCUGAUAAUCGUCUCACUGAACUUCAAAAGCUUCAACAAGACCUUCAGAACGUUCUCCAAGAAAACACAAACAUGAAGGCUGAGCUGCUAACCAGAGCAGAAGGCGUGGUUAAGGACACCUCUGAAUAUCGCUGUCUACAAUCACAAUUCUCUGUCCUUUAUAACGAAUCCCUGACCCUGAAAGCUCAGCUAGAUGAGACCCGAACCAGACUGAACACAACUAGGACAGCACGCCUUCGUCAAUUGGAACACAUGGAGAAUGAUGAAGUCACUUUGCAAAGAAAAGUCCGCACAGAGGUGUUCCAGCUUGAAGAUACUUUGGCCCAAGUCAGAAAAGAGUAUGAAAUGUUGAGGAUCGAAUUUGAGCAGACUCUAGCUGCAAAUGAACAAGCAGGGCCAAUUAACAGAGAAAUGCGUCAUCUGAUCAGCACACUCCAAACGCACAAUCAGCAAAUGAAAGGCGAGGUGGUGAAAUAUAAACUAAGACUGAGAGAGUCACAGGCAGAGCUCAGUCAGGUUCGAACAUCUAAAGGUAGCAGCAUUCUUCAGUCCCAAUCCAGCACAGAAAUGGAGGUGAAAGAAGAGACAACUUCGCCCACGACACCUGCUAUUUCUGGAGAUCCUGUGGUCAAGACUGAGCCUGACAAUGGCUCCUCUACUCCAAGCAGCACAGGUGCCUCGGUGAAAAUGGAGCCUGUAGCUGAGCCCGAAGUGACUGUUAAGGAAGAGGAGAAACAGGAGAAGAAGGAAAGGGAAGAAAAGAAAGAUAUUGUGAAGAAAGAGGAAAAGGAGCGAGAGAAGGACAGAGAGCGUCCGACACGCAGCAGCUGUGGCAGUGCGAUCAAAGAAGAAAAAGACAAACCCGGGAGCAGCAGCACUCAGCCUGAAGAGUCAGAGCGCACUGCCGCACUCGGAGGCUCUAAGAAGAAAGAGAUGGAGCAGCUCAAAAUUGUUAGAGCAGAGCUGAAAAAAGCCCAAGAGUCUCAGAGGGAAAUGAAGCUUUUGUUGGAUAUGUACCGCUCUGCCCCAAAGGAACAAAGAGACAAGGUCCAGCUCAUGGCUGCUGAGAAGAAGACCAAAUCAGAGGCAGAGGAGUUGCGCCAGAGACUCCGAGAAUUAGAGGAGAGAGAAAGAAGAGAGGGAAAGAAAAUGGCUGACGAGGAAGCUCUGAGGAAGAUACGCUCAGUGGAAGAGCAAAUCGACAUUCUCAAUAAGAAGCUUUCAAUUGCCAAACAGGAGGAGGAUGCCUUGUUGAGUGAGAUGGAUGUGACAGGCCAGGCGUUUGAGGACAUGCAGGAGCAGAACAUCCGUCUGAUGCAGCAGCUCAGGGAGAAAGACGAUGCCAACUUUAAAUUGAUGAGUGAGCGUAUCAAAUCAAACCAGAUCCACAAACUCUUAAAGGAGGAGAAGGAGGAGCUCGCUGAUCAGCUGCUUACCUUAAAAACUCAGGUUGAUGCACAAUUGCAAGUUGUGCGAAAGCUUGAAGAAAAGGAGCGCCUUCUACAGGGCACUAUCAGUACUGCAGAGAGAGAGUUGGCAUUGAGGACACAAGCUUUGGAAAUGAAUAAACGCAAGGCCCAGGAGUCUGCGUUGCUGUCAGAGGAGAUGCGCACUCAACUAGAACAGGUUCAACAGAAGCUGACUCUGGUUCGAGAGGAGGUGGUUGAGAACAGCAUCUCAAGAGAGAAAGAGUCCUUCAAUGCCCGGAGAGCACAAGAGGACAUUUCUAAACUAAGAAUAAAGAUUGAAAAGGCGAAGAAACCGGCUGAGAAGAUAAGUAAUGGAGACGAUAUCUUAAAUGAAGAAAUCAAUGAGUACAAGGCGCGUCUUACGUGUCCGUGCUGUAACUCGCGAGUGAAGGACGCUGUGCUGACCAAGUGCUUUCAUGUCUUCUGCUUCGAGUGUGUUAAGACUCGCUACGACACCAGGCAGAGGAAAUGCCCCAAGUGCAACGCAGCCUUCGGAGCCAAUGACUUCCAUCGGAUUUACAUUGGUUAAAUGGACCCAAAGUUUGACACUGAUGUUAAAGAGUGUACAAACACUUUUCCGCAGUCUACAGAAACUUUUUUAACCAUUACUUCAACUUGUGCAUUCAUAUUGAUAUUGGUUGGACCAUUGAUUAUAGUGAACGUAGUUUGUGAUCACAGUGUGACACUGGAUGUGAGAGACUAAAGUCAAGAUACAAAAACUACAGUGAACGUAGACAUUCCUUCUAACAUGUAAUAACGUUUGCAUAAAAUAUGUUGAU